AUGUUCUUCUCCCUCCAAACCAUCGCCCUUAUCGCCUCUUCUGGUCUUUUCGCGCAAAGUGUGUCGGGCGCUACUAUCGAAGAGCGUGCUACUAGUCUGUGCAACCAGGCCAACUAUGGUGCCAAGGGUUAUCCUUGGAAGUCCAACUCCACCCCGGGGUCGUUCUGCUCCAAGACGAAGCCUUCCAACUCCAAGGCUUGGGCUCAAAUCCCUUUCUGGGACGGCGGUGAUCACGUCCGCUGCUCUUCGGCUCAGCGCAACAACUACAAUGUCUGCAAGGGCGGUAACAAGAAGACGAGCUUGCCCAAGAACUGCAAUCCUCCCCACAAGCACUCCAAGGGCACCACCUCUCCGGCCGGCAAGACUAGCACCUCGGCCACCAACAAGGCUGCUGUGAGCUCUACUGCUGCUUCCUCUGUUGCCGACACCACCACCACCACCACCACCGGCACUACCGACUUUGUGCCCGUGUCCUCUACUACUACUUCUGUCGCUGCUGCGAGCUCUACGGCGGCGGUGGUUGACCCUCUCUUCGACCCUGUUUGCGAGCUGACUUACCAAGUCCAAUACUCCAACUACACCCUUUUCGCCGCCAACGGUGUCUGGGCGGGCCUUACCGUGGGGGCUGCUACGCAAGAUGCCAGCUACAUGACCUACACCCUCGCCACCUCUGUCGACGACUGCCUCGCUGCUUGCGACCAAAUCGAAGGAUGUGUUUUCGUCAACACAUACUACGACGUCAACGAAGAGGAGAACUACCUCCCCAAGCACGCGGACGGUGUCCUUACUUGCUCCAUGUACUCGACCUGUGUCGGGACGGAGAAGAAUGACAAUUGGGGUGGUCAGGAUGAUCCUAACACUAUUGUUGACUCUAAUGGCUACUGCAAGUCGGGCGCUUGUUCCUCAUAA